UAUCAUGAGACAAAGAAUCAACUUGUUGAAUGUUAGAAACAGUUUCCAUUUUGUGCUCGAUCAUCAAGAUAUCCAAAUAAAUGAAUGAAAAAUAUUCACUGCAGGAGAUGGUUGUUCACCUUCAGGGUGACUAAGCUGUUUGUUACAGCAGGGCUGACAUGCAAGAAGUCAAAGUUAUUCAAAUGUACAAUCUAAAUCAGCCAAAUAAAUACACAUUUCAUUUCAUUCUCUUUAAAAAUGCAUCAUAAUCCCUUUUUUUAAAAUUACAUGUGACUGCUCUUUAUUAAUGUUGGAGUAACAGCUAUAGUGGAACAUUAUUUGAUUGAGGGUGAACAAAAACCUGUGUAGAAACUGAAAGAGCUGACAGCAGGGGAAAAAAAAGAGAGAGUUCACCUGAGACAACAGCCAAUCAAACGAGGUGGGGCGUUUCCAGGGAAACAGAUAAAGCCGGUGUGACAGGUGACAUCUUGACAUAAACCAAGGGCAAACAGACGAGAAAGGGGUUGGGAGGAGUGGCCUACAACUUGGAAGCCUAGAGACCAUCAUUUGGAUCAACUCACUUUCAAAUACCCACAGAGGACUGAACAAGACUUUUUCGGGGGCCUGACAGAGUUGCCACCACAGAGUUGCUAUCAAAAGGAAGGACAACCACAGCUAAAGCAUUCAGAGUAGAAACUGAAGGGUGAGAAGAAACUUGACAAUGUCUUCUUUCGAGACCCAGGGCCAGUCUCCUCCACGCUGUGGCCCGCAGUUCCCCAGCCUCGGACAGGAGCCCCCUGAGCUCAGCAUGUACAGCGACUGCUACUACCCUCCUCCCUCGCUGCCGAGUCCUCAGCGCACCACUCCGACCACCUACGACCUGGGCGACUACACCACUUCCUCGCCAAACCCUUACCUCUGGUUCAACGGCUCGGGGAUCAACACCCCGCCGUACCUGGCUACCACGGGUCCGUCUGGUAACCCGGGCCCCCCCUUUGUCCCUCAGCACUACGGCAUGCAAAGGCCUUACCUGGGUCCAGCAGCAGCCGGGGGCCCGGGAGGGGAACUGAGCUGGUUCUCUCUGCCCUCGCAAGAAGACCUGAUGAAGCUGGUCCGACCCCCUUACUCUUACUCCGCUCUCAUUGCCAUGGCCAUCCACGGAGCGCCCGACAGGAGACUGACAUUGAGUCAGAUUUACCAGUACGUCGCCGACAACUUCCCUUUCUACAACAAGAGUAAAGCGGGUUGGCAGAAUUCCAUCAGACACAACCUGUCCCUCAAUGACUGCUUCAAAAAAGUACCCAGAGAUGAGGAUGAUCCAGGAAAGGGCAACUACUGGACACUUGAUCCAAACUGUGAAAAGAUGUUCGACAACGGAAACUUCCGCCGCAAAAGAAAGAGAAAGUCCGAUUCCCUCUCCGGUGGUGAUGGCAGUUCAGGUGCUCCAGAGUCGGGUGACAGUGAGAGGGGCAGCCCCAAACUCUCUGGAAACACUGCCCUUAACAUCUCCCCCUCUCCGGACAGGAUCCCCUCCCCUUCAUCCACAGGCCCAGCGCCGUGUCUGAGCAGCUUCUUGUCUGAGAUGUCUGGCGUGGCGUCUGGAGCCGCUAAUGAGGUGGGAGGCGAUGGGUUAAGCAGGCCGCUGCAUAUUAACCUUCCUUUAGAUGGGCCUCAUAGACCCGCUCAGCCUGGAAGCUUUAGUAGCUACUCCCCCAACCCAGAGUGGGUACCACAAGUGCCGGCUCCCCCUGUGCUCUCCUCUUCACCCACCCACUCUUCCCUGGGGUACACCAGCCCCAUCCUCAGCCAGUACAGUGUCUCCAAUGGGCAUUUCUACCCUACACUGGGCUCGACAGGGAUCAUCUAUCAUCGCGAGGGCACAGAGGUUUAACAAGACAAUAAGGUGGAUAAAAGUUUGAGAAGACUCUUGAUGGGAAAUUAUACCUGUUGGGUUACUUGUGUAUUUAGAGAGGAUCUGUUGUGAAAGACAAUAUGCACACACACACACAAACACAAACAGUCAGAGUAUGUUUGCGCUGACUGAGACACCUGAGAUCACUACAGCGUGUGACAGCAGAGUAAAAAGGCUCUGAUUCUCACAGGAACAGCCGAGUCAGCCGCAGCGGACGACAUGUGUCCCUCCCUGAAACCACCGUCAGCCUCUCUAUCAGAUCCUCAGUCAGCUUUUAUUCAAUCCUAAACUGGUCUCUAUCAGAUCUGACUCAUUAUCAACAGAUUCCCGGUCUGAUCUGCUGACACCAGGCCAUUCCACACUGCUAUCUGGGAUUCUCUGAUGGUAUCUCACAUGCAAUGCUCGAGCAGCACAUUCAGAGGGGUAGUUAAAUUACAACGUCACUGGUUUUUAUCUAGCAAAGAAUCAAGAAAAAGGUAAAAGGUAGACCUGUUUUACGGUUUAGUUAAACUAGUCUGAUGAACUUACAGUCUUGGAGUCUGAUAUAAAAGUGUACUUUGUAAAUAUGUCCAUGUGUUGUGUGUAAUGUUAUACUUUUAUAUUGUUGGUUUUGUUGGGGCGGCUGUUAUUGUACAAAACUGCUUCUUGAUGUAUGAUGCUGUUCAUGUUGUGUUUUUGUUAUGAAUAAAAUAUUUCAGAGUUC